UUGUCGGCGGGGCAGCGAGAAACCAGUGCGCGUGCCGGGGAGGUAGCAGCCGUUGGGACGUGACGCUGGUUCCCAGGGGAGAGCCAGCCGCUGCUGCAGCAACUGGUUCAGACGGCCAGGCCCUUGGGACUCACCAUGAAUCCUGAAGAUACCAAACCUGAGUCGUCCAAGGCACCUUCAGGGAGCUUGAAACAACCAGAGACUGCCACAGCCCUGGCAAGUGGCGGCAGUGUAGUGAGUUCUGUACCCAAGGCACGGCGCGACAUGUCAGCGAAGACCGCACCCCGGAAGCACUCUGCAGUCUCAGUUCGCACAGUGCAGUCCGUAGCCCCCGCAGGUCCCAAAGGCAGCGAGGGCACUGCACCCUCAAGGAAAGCCACCAAACGCCCACCCCCAACGCCCACACCCCCACGCCCAACGCCCUCUGCACCCACUGAGUCCAAACUCUUAAAUGAGACAGCGAUCAAAGAGCGUGCGGAGGGCCGAGCCAAAGUCCCGUACAAAUUCAGGGACAGCCUCAAGCGUUUUUUCUUCUCGCCCACGGGAAUGUUGAAGAUCCUGAGAAUGAGUCUUAUCAUAGGAGCAUUAGCUUGUUUCAUCAUCGCCCAAGCCAAUGAGUCAUUUAUAGCAAUCACAAUUCUGGAAAUCUGCAUCGUCAUUUUUUUUAUGCUAAUAUAUAUGCUAACCCUUCACCACUUGCUGACCUAUUUACACUGGCCCUUACUUGAUCUUACCAACAGUAUCAUUACAGCUGCAUUCCUCUCAGUCGUUGCCUUCUUGGCCAUGCAAGAAAAGAAAAGAAGACAUUUAUUCUAUGUUGGAGGGUCCCUGUGUCUCACAGCGAUAAUCGUGUGUGGCAUCGAUGCGUUUGUGGUCACCAAGACGAUGAGGACUAACUUGAAAAAAUUCCUGGGAGUCGAAGUCGAAAGCAAGGUUUCCCCUGCCGGGGAUGCCUACCCCGAAACCGGCCCCGACGCCCCGAAGAGGCCCGCAUGAAGCCAGCCCCGCGCCCUCUCAGAUGCACGUGUCUGUCGAAUCGCUCCCUCCGAGCCCACCCCCGAGCUCGCAUGCUGUCACCCAUUCCGGCCUAAAUGUGACCAUAAAAUCUGGGCUGCUGCUUUUCUC